ACUUCACUAGUACAACUAUGGUGAGAACUAAAUUUUUACUCGGAGGAAUUCUGUUCUUGAUAUUUCUCAUUGAUGCCACGAAAGCUGUAACUGCUGAAUGUGUGUCUAAAUGUGACGGGAAAUAUUCCAAACGACAAUGUGCGAAGACCGGUUUCAAACAGAUCACGGCAUGUUCUUAUGCCUGCAUCUGUGAUGGACAGAUUUCUUACCAAGUCGAAGAUUCCUACACGCCUUGUGGCAAAGGCAAGAGAUGUUACCGAGGUGACUGUCUAGUGGAACUUGGUAACAUUUGUCAGACGAAGUAUGGUAGACGAUAUUUUGGAGUUCUGAAUCCCGAAAAUCCCUGUUCUUACGUCUGCAUACCAAGAGGUUCGUCAUGCGGGGCAAAGGAGGAGAUUUUCCAAAACGGAAAACCAUGUCCUUCUCGUUUCGGUAGAAGAGGACAAUGCUUGAAUGGGCAAUGUAUAGCAGGAUUUGGAAAUGGAUUGGGAAGCGGGUCUGCAUCAGGAGCAGGCGCAGAAGCUGGAAGCAGUGCUUAUGCUGGCGCAGGAGGAGCUGGAAGCAGUGCUUAUGCUGGAGCAGAAGCUGCAGCUGCAUCGGGAAGUAAUUUCGCAUCCGGUUCAGGGAACGGAUUCGGAUAUGGUUCUGGAAGUAGUAAUGGAUUUGGGUAUGGUUCCGGAAGUGUUGCUGCAUUCGGUUCAGGAAGUGCAUCUGCAUAUGGCUCAGCUAGAAGUAGGUCUGGUGCCGCCUCAGGAGCUGGAAGUGCUGCUGGUGCUGGUUCUGAAAGUGGUUAUGGAUAUUUUUCAGGGAAUGGAUACGGAUAUGGUUCUGAAUCUGGUUUAGGAUCAGGUAGUGGAGCAGGUGCUAGAAGUGAGACAGGUGCCGGCGCAGGAGGUAGAAGCAAUGCGGCUGCUACGGCAGGAGCUGAAAGUUCGAGUGGUUCGGUUAGAGGUAAUACAGGCACUGGGAGUGCUUUCGCGUCUAGUUCAUCAAGCUCGUCAUCAGAUAGUAGUGCCCAUGCCGUAUCAAGUUCGCAUGCUGCAUCAUAUGCAUACAACUACGAUGAUCCAUAUUACUACGAAUAUUAUCCCGGGACAGAAAACGAUUAUGGAUAUGAUUAUGGGUAUGGGAGUGGUUUCGGAUUUGGAUCGGGAAGUGGAUAUGGAUUUGGAUCAGGUAAAGGAUAUGGAUUUGGCUCAGGUAGCGGGUAUGGAUAUGGUUCAGGAAGUGGGUAUGGAUUUGGCUCAGGUAGCGGGUAUGGAUAUGGUUCAGGAAGUGGGUAUGGAUAUGGUUCAGGUAGUGGGUAUGUGUAUGGUUCAGGAGGCGGACACGAAGUUGGAUCUAGAUGGGGAUAUGGUAGAGGAGGACAAGGCGGCACUGGUGGUGGAGGUGGAGCUGGAGGGGGUAAUGGAUCAGGAUCCGGAGGUCUACUUGGCUUGGGAAUAGGAUUAAAUAUACUUGGAGGUAAUGGGGGUGCAGGUGGUGGAGGAGGAGGCGGUGGACGUGGCGGCAGCGUUAAAGGAACAGGAGCCGGCAAUGGAGGUAGCGCAGGUAGUGGAGGAUCUGGAGGGGGUAACGGCUCAGGAUCUGGUGGACUAUUUGGCUUAGGAAUGGGAGUAAAUGUUCUUGGAGGAAACGGAGGGGGAGGAAGUGGUGGUGGUGGUGGUGGUGGUAAUGGAGGAGGAAGUUCAAAGGGAGUAGGAAAAGAGCUUUCGGGUCAUAGACGGGGUGUUGGUGGAGGAGGAGGAAGUGCAAAAGAAGUAACAAAUGCGCUUUCAGGCAACGGAGGUAGUGGAGGUGAUGGUGGAGCUGGAGGCGGUAAUGGCUCUGGAACAGGCGAGCUGAUAGGUUCAGGAAUCGGAGUAAAUAUUCUUGGAGGUAAUGGAGGUAGUGGGGGAGGAGGUGGAAGUGGAGGAGGAGCACUGAUAGAAGGUUUAGUUUAAAUGGGGCCUAGUAAUUUGAAGUGCUAAAUAACUAGGAUAAUCCUAUUCUACUGCUGUAGGUGCUGAAAUUCUUAGCAAUGUUUAAUUAUACCACCUAAUUAAUGUAAGCUAUAAAAUUAUAUAUGUAAUUAAAAAAUGACAUGUGAAAUAAAUACAUAUAGAUUGAAAAAAAAA